GUGAGAUGGCACCCCUCCCGGCCACGGAGGGUUUUCUCCACCAACACCCUCUCUGUUCCUCCCCUCGCCCUGCUUACAUCCCGCAUCCCAUCCACGCCUUUGCCUUUUCCCUGCCCUUCAUCGCCCUCCUUUUCUCCGCUUCCGCCCGCCAAACCGCCGGUGCCCUGCCGCAGCCAUGACCCGCAUCAUCACGAAAGGUGGUGUCUGGCGCAACACCGAGGAUGAGAUCCUCAAGGCCGCCGUGAUGAAGUACGGCCUCAGCCAGUGGGCCCGUAUCUCGUCGCUCCUCUCCCGAAAGACACCCAAGCAGUGCAAGGCUCGCUGGGAGAACUGGCUUGACCCGAACAUCAAGAAGACCGAGUGGUCUACCGAGGAGGAGGAGCGCCUCGUUCACCUGGCUACGCUGAUGCCCUGCCAGUGGAACACCAUCGCCAAGCAGCUCAACGGCCGGACGGCCGAUCAGUGUCUUGAGCACUACAAGUCCCUCCAGCUCGCCGCCGUCAAGGAGCAGGACAGCGAUGCCGUCGAGGAGGUGUCCCGCUACAAGAUCGAUGAUCGCGAUCGCAACCCCGAGUCCAAGCCGGCCCGCCCGGAUCCGGUCGACAUGGAGGAGGAGGAGAAGGAAAUGAUCGCCGAAGCUCGGGCCCGCCUGGCCAAUACCCAGGGUAAGAAGGCCAAGCGCAAGGCCCGCGAGAAGCAGCUCGAGGAGGCUCGGCGCUUGGCGACCCUGCAGAAGCAGCGUGAGCUCAAGGCAGCCGGCAUUUCUGUCUAUGCCAAGCGUCUCCGUCAUGACGAGAUGGAUUACAAUCAGGACAUUCCCUUUUACCAGCCCGCCCCGGCCGGAUUCUUCGACACGACCAAGGAGCUCGGCCGGCCGAAGAAGGAGUUCCAGAAGCGCUCGCUCAAGGACCUCGAGGGCCCGCGCCGGGACGAGCGCAACGAGGCCGCCCGCAAGGCGCAGGAGCAGAAGGCCAAGGAUGCCAAGAAGGACAAGAAGGCCCUGCCGAAGCUGGUUGCCGAGCUGGAUGAUGAGGCGCAGUUUACCAAGAGGCCGCGGCUGAACCUGCCAGCCCCGCAGGCCGACCAGGCGGACAUUGACCAGGUCGUCAAGAUGAGCCAGCGGUUGCGGGAUCUGCCCGGGGCUGGGGCCGAUGAUGCGCCCCUCGGGGGUGCCGGUGGCACGGCGCUCGACGCCCUUCGAACUCCGGCGCAGAUGCUCCAGACCCCGGCGCAGUUGCUGCAGACGCCGCGCAACGCCGGCGCCGGUGGCUCGGCCUUCGGCGUGUCGGCUGCCGCGGCGGCCGGCGGCCUGAGCGCCCUCUUCAAGAGCCUCCCCCGGCCACAGAAUGAGAUUGAGCUCGAGUUGCCGAACGAGGAGGAGCCGGCUCUGGAUGAGGAUGGCUUCGCUCUGCCCGGGCGUCGGAGUGGUGGCCCGGCCCCGAUGGAGGUGGAGGACGCCGAGGACAUCCGUCUGCGCGAGGAGCGCCGGCGCCAGGCCGAGGAGGAGCGUCGCUUGCUGGAGCGGUCGCAGGUGGUGCAGCGCGGGCUCCCUCGGCCGGGGCAGCUCCAUGCGCAGCUCUUCCGUCAUGCGGAUUCAUCGACCGUGGCCGCACUGAUUGAUCAGGAGCUGCUAAGCAUGCUGGAGCACGAUGCGGCGGUCCAUCCGCCGGCCGGGACUCCGGCCGGCCGGGCCCCGGCUGGCUUUGUUCAUGUUUCCCUUGAAGAGAUGGCCUCCGCCAAGGAGCUCAUCGAGGCGGAGCUGGGCGCCUCGCUCGGGGGUCUUUCUGUGUCCACCGAUUCCGGCGCCACGGUGACCCUGCCCGUGGCAAAGGCCGACUUCGAGCCGGCCCACGAGCAUGUCCUGGUUUCGAUGCUCCUUUCGGGGAGUAAGGGGCACCAAAUGUCCGAUGAUUUGUCCCGGUCAGAGCGCGUGACCGCCCUUCGGGCUAAUUAUGAUCAGAUCCGCCAGGCGAUGAUUCGCGAGGACAAGCGUGCCCGGCGGAUUGAGUCCCGUCUGGCCAUUGUCCUGGGCGGGUAUAUUAAACGCGCUGAUGCCCUCAGCAAGGAGGCUAUCGAGGUGGGCACUCGGCUGGAUACCACCCUGCAAGACGAGGUGGCCUUCCGGCACUUGGCUGAGGUGGAGGCCAGCGGCGCCGAGAGCCGGAGCAAGCAGCUGGAGUCUGCUUGCCAUAGCAUUGCCGAGGAUGAGGCCCGUGCGCAGCGGCACUUUGCCGAACUCUCGGCCGAGUAUGACCAGCUGCGCCUGCAAAUUGCCGACGUCAAGAGCAAGCUCAUUUCGGGUGGGGUGAUCUAGUUCAGCUGUGAGGGCUCUUGGCCGGGCUUCCGCCAUUCACACGCCCCCUCUCCCCCCUGUCCGCUCAACCCCCUCUCCCUGUUCCCGAAAGCCACAAUACAUGCUCAACACAACACUCCUGGA